GUUAUUAAACAAUUGUUGAUUAAUACGGAUAAUAAUAAUGAAAAUGUUAUUUUAUUAUCAUCGAUGGCCAGUACUACUACUACUACCACUACUAGUCCAUCAUCAUCAUCAUUAUCAUCGAUAACCGAUCAAUCAACGGUUUGGGAUCCAAAUCUAAUUACAGAUCCACUUUGGACAACAAUACCAAUGACAAUUCUUUAUAUAUUAAUAUUAGUAACCGGUGUAAUUGGUAAUGUUCUAACUUGUGUUGUAAUUGCAAGAAAUCGUUAUAUGCAUACAGCAACAAAUUAUUAUCUAUUUUCAUUAGCAAUUUCAGAUCUUUUACUAUUAGUAUUAGGUUUACCACAAGAAAUUUAUCAAAUUUGGUAUCGUUAUCCAUAUAUAUUUGGUGAAGCAUUUUGUAUAUUAAGAGGUUUUUCAUCUGAAGCAUCAACCAAUUCAUCUGUAUUAACAAUAACAGCAUUUACAAUGGAACGUUAUAUUGCUAUUUGUCAUCCAUUACGUGCACAUACAAUGUCAAAAUUAUCACGUGCAAUUAAAUUAAUUAUUAUUAUUUGGUUAUUAGGUUUUUUAUGUGCUGCACCAAUUGCCUAUCAAUUUGGUAUUGUUUUUGAUUAUUUAAAUGAUCAAAUACCAAUAAAACAAUCAGCUGCAUGUAAUAUAAAAAGAUCGAUUCCAUAUUUAGAGGAACAUAUUUUUGCCUUAUCAUCAUUAAUUGUUUUUGUAUUACCUGUUACAUGGAUUACUGUUUUAUAUAUAUUAAUCGGUAUAAAAUUAAGACAAAGUUCAAAAAAUACAAAUCCUGAUUUGUCAAGAAAUUCAUUACGUCGUCGUCGUAUAAAACGUCGUUUUCGUGCUGUUACAUUAAGUAAACGUUUUAUACAUUUAGCAUCAUCAUCAGCAGCAGCUCAUAAUUCAACAACAACAACAACAACAUCAACAAUAACAUCAGAUAAUAUUUCAAUUGAUGAAAAUGAUCAACAACAACAACAACAACAACAACAGGGUAAACAACAAAGAUCACGAACAUUGAUCAAAGAUUUAAAUGAAAUAACAAUAUCAUCAUCAUCAUCAGGUUCAAUAAAUAAUCGUUUGAAUAAGAAUGAUGAUAUCAAUGUUGAAACAACAACAGCAACAAAAAGUUCAGAUGUUAUGAAAUGUUUCACUGGUACCGGUAAUCAUAUUAUUCAACAGCAAGAAUCAUUUUCAAUACCAUCAUCACCGUUAAUGAUUGUUGAACCGGCGGCCAAUAAUAAUAAUAAAUCAUUUCAAAGACAAAAAAUGAAAAUGUCAAAAUUUAAAUCAUCAAGUACAAUAUCAAAUUCAUCAACAUCCAGUAGUAAUUCAUUAGCACAACGUAGAGCUGUUAUUAAAAUGCUGAGCAAAACAACAACAACAAGCAUGGUUCAUCAGACAAAUAUGAUUCGUGAAUAUUUGUGAAACAGCAAAUAAACAACCAAAAAAGCACAUACUUUUUUUUUAUUAUGGUUGUUGAAAGAAGAAAACAAAACAAAAAACAAAUCAGUUCAACGAAUAAAUAAAUAAAA